AUGAUUGCGGAUAUAGGAUUUAGAGCAUGUGAUAGUAAGGAUGAGUGGGUGGGACUCUCGAUUAUGUGUAGAGCUGUUGUUGAUCGCUCUGCUAUUCCUCGUUUUCCAAGUGUUCAGGCGAUAGAUAAACAUGUUAUGAAAAACAAUUCAGCCACCAAAUCCACGAUUUUGGACCAAGAGCUGGCACAGAAGUGGGUUGUGCCUCGUCAUCCUCUAAAGCCAAUCUUUUCUAAGGUGAUCCAAGUUGUGGUGUUUGAAACCCUGUAG